AUGCCCCCUGUAUAUCAUCUUCCAACCCGCGACCAGUUCCAGAUUGCCAUCAUCUGCGCCCUACCCGUCGAAGCAGAUGCCGUACGAAUUGUUCUGGACGAGACGUACGAGGCCCCUAACGAUGAAAAUCUAUGUGCCAAACCACCCGACGACCCCAAUUUCUAUACCCUGGGACGCAUAGGCCCGCAGCCCGUUGUUCUGGUCCAAUUGCCCGGUCUAGGGACCCUGAAUGCCACGAUCGGCUCGGGCUAUCUGAGACGGCAGUUCCCCAAGGUCCGCCUGGCCCUCGUGGUCGGUAUCUGUGGCGCCAUCCCGCGACUGCCAGAUGGAACCGAUGUCUUCCUGGGAGAUGUUCUGAUCAGCGAAGGCGUUCCGCGUCAAGCGGACGCGGUGUCAGACGAACUGGUUCGAAGACCCUUCCCCAAGUUCAUGGAUACAGGUUUUCUCGACCAAGAAGCAAAGCGUUCGCUAGGCCCUAACGACUUCUCUCCUCAGACCCUCAACCCCGCGCGCGACCUUCCACCGGUGCAGCAAACCCUCGCCCGCUACCUGCAAGCCGCGCAGCGCUCGUCCGGCGAACCGAAAUACCACUACCCUGGAGCAGACCGCGACCGGCUCUUCCCGGCGCGCUACCGGCACCGGCAUCCGGACUCGAUGCCGUGCGAUCUGUGCAGCAGGUCCAGUCGCACUGAUGGUCCGGGCUGUAUCGAUACGGUCCACCUUUCCUGUGAGGAUCUGGAUUGCGAGCGCUGGGGGGGAGAAUCGAAGAUCCGAUGGCGUUCGGAUGUGAUUCCUUCUGGCACAGUACCCCGCCCGCGUAUAUUCUGCGGGGAUGUCGGAUGCACCGACUUGGUGAUGCGGUCCGGCGAGGAUAGAGACCGGUUUGCGGCGGAGCAGGCGGUUAUUGGGUUCGAGAUGGAAGGCGCCGGGGUGGAGUUGUAUCUCCCUUCUUCCGUUGUGGUGGUGAAAGGGGUGUGUGACUAUGCCGAUAGCCACAAAGAGAAGCGGUGGCAGCCAUAUGCGGCGCUCUCUGCGGCUUGUUGUGUCAAGGCGCUUCUUGCCAGGCACUGUGAUUGGGUGGGUGGUGUCUCAGAUCCCUGGCGACGCGUCCCAAGCAACGCGUUAGCCUUAUAUGUGGAUUUUCGUGAUGCUUUUGACCUCUCGACGCUGCUGGUAUGGUGA